UGCAUUUACAGCAAGCAUGGCAGCUAUAGGAGUGCACUUUGGAUAUACAUGUGCUUGUGUAGCAAUUUUUAAGGAUGGAAGAGCCGAUGUUGUUGCCAAUGAUGCUGGAGACCGAGUCACACCGGCAGUUGUCGCAUACAGAGAUACUGAACAGAUUGUUGGAAUAGCAGCGAAGCAAGGAAGAAUAAGAAAUGCUGCUAACACCGUGGUCAAAGUGAAACAGAUUCUGGGACGAAGUUUUGAUGACCCAGAGGCACAGAAGCACGUAGUCGAAAGUAAAUGCCCCGUUAUCAACAAGGGUGACAAGCCAAGGUAUGAAAUCGACACCGGAGAAGAUACAAAAAUUGUAUCACCUGAAGAAGUAGCAAAAUUAGUCUUCCACAAAAUGAAAGAGACGGCUCAGUCUGCUUUGGGCUCUGACGUCACUGACGCUGUCAUUACCGUGCCUUUUGAAUUUGGAGAGAUGCAGAAGAACGCACUAAGACAAGCAGCGGAGGGAGCUGGCUUCAACGUACUGAGGCUGAUCCAUGAGCCGUCAGCAGCCCUGCUAGCCUACGGCAUUGGCCAGGAUUCGCCCACAGGAAAGAGCCAUGUGCUGGUUUACAAACUUGGAGGGACAUCCCUCACGGUGACGGUCAUGGAGGUGAACAGUGGACUAUACAGAGUGCUGGCCACGCACACUGACCACAGCACCGGGGGGGAGAGCUUUACGCAGGCCUUAGCCCAGCAUCUCGCCUCAGAGUUUAAAAGGUCCUUCAAGCACGACGUGACCGGAAACCCCCGGGCCAUGAUGAAGCUGAUGAACAGUGCCGACGUGGCCAAGCACACCCUGUCCACCCUGGGCAGCUCCAACUGCUUUGUGGACUCCCUGUACGAGGGGAUGGACUUUGACUGCAACGUGUCCAGGGCAAGGUUUGAACUUCUGUGUUCGUCCCUUUUCAAUAAGAGCAUACAGCCAAUCAAAGCUCUGCUGGAGCAAGUCGGCCUGUUGACAUGCGACAUCAGCAAGGUGGUGCUAUGCGGAGGCUCCGCCCGGAUCCCCAAGCUGCAGCAGAUGAUCCAGGAGCUGUUCCCGGACGUGGAGCUCCUCAGCUCCAUCCCCCCUGACGAGGUCAUCCCGGUGGGCGCGGCCAUCGAGGCAGGGAUCCUGGUGGGGAGGGACAGCUCCUCCCUGGACGAGGACUCCAUCACAGUCGACUGCUGCGCCAGGGACAUCCUGGUGAAGGAGGCGGACGACUCUGGAGCCGAUGUGUACACAGUGCUCUUCCCCUCUGGGACACCCCUCCCAGCCCGACGGCAGCACACCCUACAUGGCCCUGGGAGCCUGUCCUCCGUCUGUCUGGAGCUGUACCAGUCACAAGGCCGCAACAGCACCCCCCAGGAGAAAGUGGCACAGAUUGUCCUCAGUGACCUUGAACCAAAAGAAGAGAACCAUGACAUUGUUACGGUCAUAACCAUGAAAAGGGAUGGGUCUUUGCACGUCACUUGUACGGAGCAAGGAAGUGGCAGGUCCGAGGCGGUCACCGUUGCCGUGGCAUCCUGAACUACCAUAUCCCUUUGCAUUGAGAUGAACUGAGUGAACUGAUUCCAGUGGCCUGCAAACAUGUUUUGUUCACAAUCCUACUAAAAGUUCCAGAAACAAAACUUCCUGUUUUUUGUAUCAUUCAAGCUGUUUUCAUGGCAAGGUUGGAGUAGCCUUCAGAAUUUACUCUGUUCCAACUGUCACAUUUGAA